CACCACCUGCAACAUUAAGCAAGCCAAACUGUUACAACUCAAAAUGUUUCCUCGGCCGCAGCCGUUGGUACCAGGAGACAACCAGACAAAAUUUAUUCAAGAGCGUCUGGCAGACACUGAGAGGCAGAUGGGAGACCUUUGUCAAACUUUGGGUGGCUAUGCUAAAAACUAUUCAAAAAUUCGAGAUCAAACAGAUGAAGUGGUGAUGACAUUAACUAGAAAUACUGAAGCUGAAGAGGUGAAUAAAAGUACCAAUGCUGGAUUGCAAGAGUUUGCAAAUUCUUUUUCUGUGAUAGCAGAUAAUAGGGAGAUAUUCUUAAAAAGAUUUGAAUCUCAAAUAUUGGAGCCUUUCUCGUCAAUCGGAGCUCAGUGUAGGGAAGUGAGAGAAAGCGUCAAGUUGUCCCUUGCUGCGAAAGAAAAAGAGCUGACCAGGAAGAGAAAUGUGGAGAAGAUUCGACAAAGAAACCCAAGGAACAGACAGAAAAUUCUCAUGGCAGAAACAGACCUGGCCCGAGCAAGUGCUGAUGUUUCAAGGACUUUGAGAUCACUUGAGGAACAGAUGGACUCUUUUGAAUCUCUCAAGCUGAGCGUCACAACCAAAGCUCUAAAAAAUUUGGUGAUAUCGGAAAUGGCUCUCCAUGCGCAGGAAAUGGAAUUGCUCACAAAAGCCUACAAGGAUUUGCAAGCUAUCGACGAAGAGCAAGACUUGGAAGAUUUCCGUAAAGCCCUCAGGGAGCCAACAGUGAUAAAAGAGAAAAAGUCAAGCUUCAGGUCAAUAGCAAAUAUACUGAUGGGCUCGAACAAGUCAAGCUUGGAAAAAAGUUCUAAGAUGAGCUUGUCAAAAUCUAUGGGCAACGUUUCAAGCCCGCCAUCAAAAACACUGGAAAGCAAAAGUUUGUCUCGGAGGAGCUUGCCUGGAGACUCGAAGGUGACAAGGCUGACCAUAGCAACGGAUACCGAGGACGAAGAGUCAACAGAGGAAACAAUUUCGACAGAUGAAGAGGUGCAACCUGCAGGUAAGUCUGCAAAACAGAAAAAGAGACCAACAUCAAUGUAUUCUAAUUAAGUUUGAAAAUUAAAUAUAUAAGUAGGUUUGAUUAACAAGAACAUUUUAAUUUCUACUGAAAGAAAAUGCACGGU